AGACUCGACGCAAUUAAGCACCUAAUUAUGCAAAUUAAACGCCAGCCUGUCAAUAGGAGGAGUGCAAAGUUCAACAAUGGGCUUCCUCUUUCUUUGAAGUCGGUCAUGACAUGUGCCUAUCGACACGUUAUCACUCGGAGCUAAUGGAACGGCUAACGAGUCAGGAAUGACAUACGACAUUAUAAUAACGUAGCGUUAAUAUAUAUUUAUAUAUAUAUAUAUAUAUGUAUAUAUAUAUAACGUUAAUAUAUUCCAGGCUCGGUAGUGUGAGUGCUAACGUGGUCUGUAGCGACGCUAGCUUCCGAGGAGCAGAUGACGUCACCAUUGUUUACAUUCCUGCACCUGCUAGCUAGAGCAGGUUAGCAUGGUCAGCUAAAAGCGUCGCAAAGGAGGAAAGGAGACGGCAAACCAACGCUCGCCUGGAAGGACGACGACGACGACGAGCGACGAGCGACGACCGAAAUAACACUCUAAGCUAUGACUGCAUGUACCCUCCACUCGGAUAUGACUGGACUCUCCUCCCGUCGCCAUGGCUGCGCCACACCCUGCCGAGGAAGAGGACGGUCACGUGACCCCCGACGCUCUUCUUUUUUUUUUUUUUUUUCAGUCCAGAGCUAAUCUGCUAGCGAGCGGUGCGAGGAUCGGAGCGUAUUGUGCGAGCCAGUGUGCGGGGGACAAGAUAAGGCAGCACGCCAGCCCGCCCAGCCUGACCGACCGACUGCCUGACUUCUUUCUUUUCAACGCGCCGACUCCAGGGAGGUUAACAAAAAAACAACCAACAACAACAAACAAAAAAACAACAUACUGAGACUCGAGACGUGUGCAAAAAGGAAUCCUGGGCAGAAGCGGCAUCACCAUCCGAGACAACCAGAGCAGAGAAAAUAAAGGACUUCAAAAGUGACACCUGCAGAUUUUUUUUUUUUCCCACCCUUUUUUUUUUAACUCUUUAUUUUUUUUUAUUUAUUACGCUUCCCGGGGACUGACUCCCAUCCGUAGCGGAAAAGGCAAGGAAAGGGUCGACGCUGACGUUCAGGACCGAAUACCACCGCGAUUUUGAACAUGUUUGAAAUAAGCCGAACACUCAACGCCGCCUUGUUGAGCAACGAGCAUCUCAAGAUGAUGGCGAGGUACGGGCAGCUCUCGGGACUAGCAGCCAGUGGCGUGGGCUCCGUCCCCGAGUCUCACUCGCCGCUAUUUCCCAGGGAUCUCCCGUCAUCGCCCGCCCAGACGGGCUACAGGUCAUCCCUGGGGUCGACAGAGACACAGUGGCGUCAGGCGGAGCUCCCACAGCUGCAGGGCUGGGCGGAGAAAGGACUGCUGACUCAGCCAAAGAUGAUCAUCAGUAACAUGGAGGCCCCGGUGACAAACGGUCCCAGCGGAGGAGGGACCACGGCCAACGGGCCCACCAGCAACAGCCGCGGCUGCCCCUCGCCCAUGCAGACGGGGCCCUCAAACGACGACAGCAAGACCAACCUCAUUGUCAACUACCUGCCCCAGAACAUGACCCAGGAGGAGUUCCGCAGCCUGUUUGGAAGCAUCGGCGAGAUCGAGUCCUGCAAACUGGUGCGCGACAAGAUCACAGGUCAGAGUCUGGGCUACGGCUUUGUCAACUACAUCGAUCCAAAGGAUGCGGAGAAAGCCAUCAACACGUUGAAUGGACUCCGACUUCAAACCAAAACCAUCAAGGUCUCGUACGCGCGCCCCAGCUCGGCCUCCAUCCGUGACGCCAACCUGUACGUGAGCGGCCUGCCUAAGACCAUGACCCAGAAGGAGCUGGAGCAGCUCUUCUCGCAGUACGGACGCAUCAUCACCUCCCGCAUCCUGGUGGACCAGGUCACAGGCGGCUCCCGAGGUGUGGGCUUCAUCCGCUUUGAUAAGAGGAUAGAAGCUGAGGAGGCCAUCAAGGGUCUCAACGGACAGAAGCCAUCAGGUGCAGCCGAGCCCAUCACGGUCAAGUUCGCCAACAAUCCCAGCCAGAAGACCAGCCAGGCCCUCCUGUCGCAACUCUACCAGUCCCCCAACCGCCGAUACCCGGGCCCCCUCCACCACCAGGCUCAGAGGUUCAGGCUGGACAAUUUGCUUAAUAUGGCCUAUGGCGUGAAGAGGUUCUCGCCCAUCACCAUCGACAGCAUGACCAGCCUGGUGGGGAUGAACAUCCCGGGCCACACCGGCACCGGCUGGUGCAUCUUCGUCUACAACCUCUCCCCGGACUCGGACGAGAGCGUGCUGUGGCAGCUCUUCGGCCCGUUCGGCGCCGUCAACAACGUCAAGGUGAUCCGCGACUUCAACACCAACAAGUGCAAAGGCUUCGGCUUCGUCACCAUGACGAAUUACGACGAGGCGGCCAUGGCCAUCGCCAGCCUCAACGGCUACCGGUUGGGCGACCGCGUCCUGCAAGUCUCCUUCAAGACCAACAAGACGCACAAGUCCUGAACUCGAGGCGGGAGCAGCCCUCGGUCCGAAAUUGGCCGCCCCGACCCCGACCCCGACCCCCCACCGCCCCUGGCUCCCUUAACCCCCCCCCUGUCCAGUCAGCAGCACGACGACCAACCUCCUGGUUGAACUCCAAAUGGCUUAUAUCGUAACUUUGGACCUAUAAGCCAACGUUGCCUAAGUAUUACAAAAAAAAAAAAAAUGUUGAUUUUGUCGGGGGGAAGUUCCUGUCGCCACGCGGGCUUCCCUUCAUCGUGGAUUCCUUCUGUUGGUUGCUAAAAUAAUUUUUCUCUCGUAAAACGGUAGCAAACACCCCUCUUCUCCACCCCCCCUCAUUUUAGAGAAGAGAAUGUCCUUUUUAGACCAAGAGUUUUUCUUGUGUGUAUCCGGAUCCACUGUCCUUAGAACCCAGGACCGCCCCCUGCUAUACCCACCCCACCCCCACCCCCACCUCAGUAAAAGGGGCGGGGUCUCUUUUUUAAAACAAAACGGUGAUCCGUCCAUUCAUUUGUAGCUGUAUUUAAAACAACAACAAACAAAAAACGUCCCCCGUUUGUUGAUUGGAGAAACCCGAUUUCUAGCAUUGUUUUUGUUUUGUAUCGCAAACAAAACAUGACGUCUUUCCUCACAGGGGAGGUGGGGUGCGGGGUGGGGUGGGGUGGGUGGGGGGUUUUAGCUUUUCCUGACGAGUAAUUUAGCAAAAAAAUAAAUAAAUAAAAAAAACCCCAUCAUCGCCAAAGAGAGGGAUCUCUUUGGUGGGGGGGGGUGCGGGGCUAAGAGGGAUGGGAGGGCGCGUUUGGGAAAAAAAAAAAGAGAAAAAAAAACAAAAUAGAAAGAGGAAUCUAUUUUUAUAAGCGAUGAUUAAAAAAGAAUAAUUAUUGAGAAAAUUUUUACAAGAAUCCGGAUUUGAAAAAAGAGAAAAAUAUUUUGGACUGGCUAACUGGGAGGGGGGAGGGGGCGGGGGAGGGG